UCUCUAGUCCACUCUGUACCUCCCUGAAUACCAUCGCUCUUUCUGGAUCUCUCCUUCUCCACAGCUGAAAGUUCUGGAGCGUUAAGGAGUCUUUAAGUUGCUGUGACUAACCAGGAGAGGGCAAGCUGAACGGUAGCUGCUGCUGAAUGAAAGAGCACCCAAAAUAAAAAGGAAUAGUGAUUAAGAGCAGAUCAGAGUGACAUGGCUUUACUGUGUUAUAACAGAGGCUGUGGGGACAGGUAUGAUGAGGACAAAAACUCGGACGAUGCCUGUCGUUAUCACCCUGGAGUGCCCAUCUUCCAUGAUGCACUAAAGGGCUGGUCCUGCUGUAAGAAGAGAACUACAGACUUCUCGGAGUUUCUCUCAAUCAAGGGUUGUGUUCGUGGCCGCCAUAGUAAUAUAAAGCCAGAGGAGCCGCUGAGGCCGGAGGUGACGUCUGAUAAAGGCGAGCAGAAACACCAGAGCAAUGAAGAGAUCAUCUACCAGGGCCCUAAAUCUGCUGAAGCACUGGAGAGAGAGAGACCCAGCUCAGAUGAGCCCAAGACCAAGCUGAAGGUGAAGGUGGCACCUUCUCUGGCACAGAUCCUGGAGAAAAUGGAAAUCGUUGAGAGAGAAAAGAAGGAGAAGAUAGAGAGAGAAGACGUCAUCGUCGGCACAAAGUGCAAGAACGCAGGUUGCAAAAUGCUUUACCAGGGCCCAGAGACAAAUGCCGAGACCUGCACAUAUCACCCUGGAGCACCAGUCUUUCACGAGGGAUACAAAUACUGGAGCUGCUGCUGCAUAAAGACUAUUGACUUCAAUGCUUUUCUGGAUCAGAAGGGCUGUUGUACAGGCAAACAUUGCUGGACACACAAACAGGAUAAGAAGAAGGUGGCAUGUCGACAUGAUUGGCACCAGACUGCCAACCAGGUGGUGGUCACCAUCUAUGCCAAGAACGCCAACCCUGAGCAUUCGUAUGUGGAGGCCAACCGCACAGUGCUGACAUGCCAUAUUCAGUUUGAAAAUGACAAGGAGUUUCACAAAGACAUCCACCUGUGGGGGGUAGUUGAUGUGAAGAGCAGUUUUGUGAGUAUGGUACCAUCUAAAGUAGAGGUGACGCUGAAGAAGGCAGACCCUGUGGCCUGGGGCAAGCUGGAGGACCCCAAACACAAACCUGAGCCAGAGGUGACGGACAACAUCACCACAGAACUGGAAGACACCAAACCAGACUGGGACAUCUCAGACGAUGACAUCAGCGAGUCGGACUGGGACGAAUCAGAUGACGAAGAAAAGAAGGAGAACAAGGAAAAUAAGGAGGACGAGGAUAAGGAGGAAGAAGACAACAGUCUCCCAGUGCUGGAGGAGGCCAAGGAUGUUCCUCCAGAGAAGUAGAGGCCAGUUAUUGUUCACAUAGUGAUGGGACUGUGGUUCCUCUUUUAUAUAACACAUUAGAUCAUUGAUGAUCAAAACAAAAUCCUGUACAAAAACUUUUUUUAAACACCAUUUGAAUUCAGCUACCACUCACAUUGCGUGAACAGUUCAUGAUGAAUGGAAAUUGUCCAAAAUGACUUCUUGAGCAUUCGUUUAAAAGUAAAGUUAGUAAUGUUUUUCCUUUUCUCAUGAAGUUACCUUGUAGAAGAUGGGCUAUAAUAAGGUGGGCUAUGAUAAGGCUGUGACAACCAAAAUGUAAUGCAUCAGUACAAUUGCUGAUGCGUGUAAAUGUUAAAGGGCCAAUAUCAUUGAAAAUUGAAUUUUCCUCACUUUUUUUUUUUAAUAAAUGAGUUUAAAUCAGUAUGUAAACAUGAUUAAAGUUUCAAAAAGUAUUAUUCACUACAAAAUCCAUACAGUCCAUAUAUGGAAACUAAGCUGCUAAAACUGCCUGUUUUGAAUUGUUUCUGUCUGAGUAGCAACUCAUUUACAUAAACCCACCUAUUCAUCCUACAGCAGUGCAGCCUCGCCUGUUUAUGCUGAACGUUUAAGGAGUGUUUCAGCUCUGAGCUUUUUGAAUGAGGGCCACAACAGUACAGCCAAUCAGAAGAGAGAUAAUUUAUCUUAAGUCUUAAAGGCGCAGUAACAAAAAACAGGCUGUUUAAUGGUAAAGGAUGAAGAGGUUGGAAAAUGGCCUUAUAAAAAUGAAUAAUGACCAUUUUUCAUACAUAAAGCCACACAAUUGUUAUAAAUAGACCUCAAGGGGGAAAUUUAAAAACAGGCUUUACAUUAAAGGCUCUACUUUUUCUUUUUUUUAUCCAUCAAUCUUCUUUAUGAUUAAUGCUUUUGUGUUUGAAGAGUACAGAUAAGUCUUAAAUCAACCAUUGUUGAAAAAUGAAAUAAAGGAACAAGAGUCAUCUUUAA